GCACGAUCCUAUUGGCGGAUCCGCGUGUCAAAGCCGGAGGGUCCUGCUCGGAAGGGUCCAUUGAUUGGUUACUGGGGUGUGUGUGCGUGUGCAGGCAGCGCAGUCUGCUGGUGACUGAAGAGGAUCAUUUCCAUGGACCAUCUGUCUUACUGGCUGCGCACAAAACAAAGAAGGACCCAGGAUGGUUUUAGUGCAUGUCGGAUAUCUGGUUCUCCCCGUCUUCGGCUCAGUUAGAAACAGAGGAGCACACUUCACCAGGCAUCAACAUAGCCAUGCUACCUCCUGCCGACACUUUCACCUGGGCACUCCCCAGGCGCCCAUCUCAGCUGAGUUUCCUCUAGGACAUGCCAGCCAGCCCCCGCAGACAGGCCUGGCCACCCACCUGCCCCCAACGCACCAUCCACCUCUCACUGCCCUGCCUGGACCCCCUCAGUUUCAGGACGUGCCGGGGCCUUCAUUCCUACCUCAGGCCUUACACCAGCAAUACCUCAUCCAGCAGCAGCUCCUUGAAGCGCAGCAUCGCAGGAUCCUUCCACACUCCAGAAGAGCCCAGGAGCGUAUUCCCCUGAACCCUCACAGACUGCGUUCAGGCUAUGAGUACUCUGCGCCCCUCCAUGUUCCUCAGCCAAUGACACAGCAGCCGCGGUACCUGGCCGAAGGCACUGACUGGGAUCUCAGUGUAGAUGCUGGCCUCUCUCACCAUCAGUACCAGCUCCAGCAGCUUCCACAGCACUAUCAGCAUUACCUGGCCUCCCCUCGAAUGCACCACUUCCCCAGGAACACAUCCUCUGCACAAGUGGUUGUGCAUGAAAUCAGAAACUACCCAUACCCCCAGCUUCACCUGUUGGCACUACAAAGUUUGAAUCCUUCGAGGCACGCCACUGCUGUGCGAGAAAGCUACGAGCUGUUCCUGCAGGAGCUGUUGCAGCUGGAGGAUCGACUGGGGAGCGUUAGCAGAGGAGCUGUUCAGACAACCAUAGAGAGAUUCACUUUUCCACACAAAUACAAGAAGAGAAAGCCCCUGCAGUUGAAGAUCGGGGAGGAGGAGGAGGAAACAGAUGUGGAUGAAAAAUGUACCAUAUGUUUGUCCAUGCUGGAAGACGGAGAAGAUGUCAGGAGGCUGCCCUGUAUGCACCUCUUCCACCAGGGCUGCGUGGACCAAUGGCUGGCCACCAGCAGAAAGUGUCCAAUCUGUCGAGUUGACAUCGAAACACAGCUGAACCCUGACAGCUGAUGAGAUGCGACAUUCUCGUGAUUCAGUCGCCCUAGCGGUGCAAUUCCUGCUUUCUUCCACCCACCCCCCACCCCCCACCCCCCCACGUUGGGUGCUUUGCCAAAUGUCUCCAGACUUCAUGUGACAUCACCACCCUUCUGAGUCACGCUUUACUGAGCCAAGCCAGGAAAACUAACUGCACGAGAGGCCGCAAAGGACUCUCUUUAUAUAGAAGCACAUCCUUCUGGAAGCAAAAGACACACUAAUAAACACAUACUCAUGUACACAGGGUUUACUUGUAGCUUGCUGGUCUUACGUGGGGUUGUUGUUGCUGUUGUGGUGUUGUACUGUAGGUAGCCUGGGGCUGUGUAGCAUGUCCUCAAAGCCAUGACUUAAUGUCCUGAGACUAGAAAACACAUAACCCCACACUUAGCUGGCUACUUUUCUCUCUUCUCUUCAAUCUCUCACUCUCUUUAUAUACACACACACACACACACACACACACACACACACACACACACAUAUAUAUAUAAAUAUAUAUAUGAAUAUAUAUAUUUCUCUCUUUUUGAACACAAUCAAAAUGAAUAUUCUGCCACGCAAGACAGCUUAACAGAACCUAAAUGCUCUGAUGCCAUGUUUACCUAAAGAUCAUUUGUGGUCGUAGUAGAGUAGCAGUAACCAAUAAGUGAUAUCUGGUGUGGCCUUCGCGAGGCCAAGCACCAGCUAGCUGAGUGUUUAAAAUUCUCAUGCAGCUUUGACAUUUUGCAGUACAGUUGUGCAUUUACCUUGGGUUGAUGUCAUGUGCGAUGGUGUCAUGUGAUUAGGUCUCAUUCACUGUCAGGGAAAACCCAGUGACCGAGAUGUUUUUGUGUUUGAAAUUGAAAAAAAAGAAAAAAAAAGAUAGUGUUUUACCAAAAUGCAUUUUGUCACAGUGUAGCUUGACUCUCCGCACAGGUUUCGUGUGCUCUGCCCAGCUGUGUGUCACUCACAGAGACUGCGUCUCACAAACGUGUGGAACACGACUUUAACUCGCUGUAGGUUAAUAGCAUGGCCACUGGAGUGCUUAUACAACACAAAGCCAAAAAAAAGAAAAACAAAAAGGGAUGAACAACAGAAGCUAUCAUGCACUGCAGAGCGAGGUGGGAGGAUUUAGCUGCCCUUGUACCUGCAUCUCCAUCUGGCACAGGGCCAGUGGCAGAACAGUGUGCACAAAAAAAAAAAAAAAAAAAAAAUUUAAAAUGCAUGUUUCAUUUUUGGGCUGUUGGCUGUGGUAGCGUUUCUUCAGUUUCAAAAGGUACAGAGACGCCUGUGCAUGACUUAGUUAAUCUGAGCUGUGACUAUCUUCUUAACACUAACAAAUAAUAAUUAAAAAAAGUCAGUGGUUUGCUCCCCUGACUCGUAGCGCGCGUCAUCCCGUCCCCUUUGGUGGCGACCGUGGGAUCCUGUUUUUGAUGUUUACCUUAUUGCCUAAAGAACAAGCACAUGUGACAAUAGUUAUAGCAACAAAAGUUUCUCCUUGGUAUCGCAUCUGGUUUAUAUAUAGGUAUAGAUUCAUGCAGUGUUUGAGCUGGGAGAGGAGCUUGUGUAUUGAUCUUGUGUAUUUGUGUGACAGACCUCCCCUCGUGGUUGCUAUGCUGGUUGCUAUGCUGUAUUUGCUAGAACAUGUAGAACGUGGUGCGACGGAGGCAGCCUCCCUCUCACAGUGCACACAGACACGAGACGACAGGACAGCAGGAAAACGUUGAGGCUGUUAAAAACACUCUCACUCUCUCUCUAUCACCACUUCUUCCCUCCCUCCUUUUCUUUUCUUUUCUUUUCUUUUUUUACCCUUUUGUGUCAGCUUGUCACUUCAGUUCCACAGAGCUGUGCGCGUUACAGGACGCCUUUAGGACCCUCACUGUCCUCUCCACUGUGAUAGUAAAGGAUAACACUUGGCCCAGAGACUCAAUUAACAAGGCUCACUUCUUCCUGUCUUGUGCACUGCCAGUGUUGACACUGCCUCCUCCUGUAGUGGAGUCAUCUGUGAUGAAGUUGUCAUAGUUUACACAGGGUGUUGUCAGUUGAGAUGCCUUAAGUAUUUAACAAUCAUAAUUUAUUACUAACUGUAGAUAUUGUGGGUAUGUAUUUAAUUUUAUAUAGUUUUUUGGUUUGUUUGGUUUUUUUGGAGUUGGGGGUGACUGAAUCAUAAUUUAUUUAUUUACAAAUAACACAAAAAGGCUAUUAAAAAAUGGAUACCUCAUUUUUGCAUUGUUUUAAAUGGGAAUGCUUUGCAUGCGGUUGUACUUUUUGGAACACUAAAAGUAAAAAAAAAAAAAAAUAGUUCUGCUGUUUGAUUUCCACAAGCUGGCUGUGCGAUGUUUACUGACCAAGGCUGAGCUACUGAGCCCGCUCUCUCUCUCUCUCUAUGUCUCUCUAUGUCUGUCUCUCUCUCUAUGUCUCUCUAUGUCUCUUUCUCUCUUUCAUGUGGUGCUGUGGAUCUUGGUUACAUUCCAUUCAAUGCAAUCUCUCCAAUCCCCCAUGCUGUGAUGUAGUGGACAAACUGCAAGUGAAUUGGUUUUAGUUUGUGAUGUUUUUUUUUUUCUUUUGCACUAACUUGUUUAAAAAUGGGAACCCUCUCACUGGCAAAAAAAAAAAAAAAAGGUAUUUUAGAUUAUUUAAAUGAACUGGCUUUUAUUUUUUUAUGCUCUGCUACUCACAAUGCACUAUGGGUCUUAAUGAAGCGCUUUCCUUUCUUUAACUCUUUGUAUUUUCUCUUUAGUUUUCAUCUCUCUGGUGUUUCUCUGUUUGGUUGUUUUUCCAAAAUACUUUGUAGACUUAAGCAUAACAAGUGCCUCGCUUUAAGUGUUAGGGGAUAUUUCCAUAUAACUGAAACCAUUAACAACAAUCAGUCCAUCCGCCAUGCCUUAUUGGUUGCAUAGUUAAUUAAAUGAAUGGGAAAACGAAGGAGCUGAGACAACAUUUGACUAAAGCCAUUAUAAUCAAUCAAUUCAAGUCAAACUGUCCAAAAUAGCUGCCGGUUUGUAGUACUGAAGCAUUACAUGCUGCAGAAAUAGCUCUGACUAUAAAGAGGCAUGUCUCACUGUGGGCUUUACAGCAGUCCUUUCGAUGAUUUCUCCGUUCUGUUUUCUCCUCUUCUUUCCAUUUCUGUUUGAUUUUACCGUCCGUCCCUCCUCUGCGAAUCUCUCCUCUGUUUGCUUUCACAGUCUAAAAAGGAAGGCAAGGAUUUAAAGCACAACCUUUUCUAAAAAUGCAUGUUUUCUCAGGUUUCAGUAUAGUUGCAAUGGUUUCAUAGUAUAUGGUGAAAAUAUAUACAAAGAAUAUAACAGAGAAAAAAAAAACAAACUACAUUUUGUUGCUGCUUGAAUCUGAAAAACAACAAGUGAAGAGAAACUAUCCCAAAAAGUGCCAGUGAAAGGGCUGCCGCCAUCCUUGUAUGAAAACCUGCUGUUUAGCUGUGACUGCGCAAUGUUUUUCAAUAUAGGAUAUUUUAUCUGAAAAUAGAACUAUUUAUCAUUAAUAUUAAAGCAAUAGCGCAUUAAUGGUGAUGAGCGUGUUGAUGAAGAAGUGGAUGAGCCUAUUAUGGGUAAAUGUUAGAUUUACAUUUGGUGGAAUUUUGUACUUUAUUUAUUAUUACUACUACUAAUAAUAAUGAUAAUGAGCUCAAAAGUUGCAUUGCUAAACCCAAACUGUUCUGUUUUUAAUUUUUAUUUGAUUUCAUGGCUUGUAUAUUAUCCUUUUAUAUGUGCUCUUUUUUGUAAUAAACUUGAUAAAAUGGAAGUGAA